UAAUGUAUUUUGAACUGGAUUUAUUAUUUUGUGUAGUUGUAUUUUAAUUUUUACUCACAGUGGUUCUUCUUAUAAUUAGAUUAGUCAAGCAUGGACUUCAAGGGAUCAGAAGAGUGCACUAACAUUUCAAUCAAGAAGAAGGAAACGAAUUACAUUGUCUUCAACAUCAACUACUCCACGAUAAGAGAAUGCACGGGAAUUGAGUACAGGUCGCCUGUAUUCAAAUUUAAGGAUUCUCCAGCAGAAGAGUGCUACAUAAGUUUCAUAUCCUCGUCCUCGGAGAAGAAGAGCAAGUAUGGUGCUAAAAACGCAGGUAUGACCUUACAUUUCAUGCGCAACGAAGUUUUUCACAACGAGCCGUGCACCUAUCAAGUAGUGGCAAGCAUUUUACACAAGCCAGAAUAUGGCACCCACUACUUUCAAAGCCAGCGUUGCGGUACCAAUGAGUUGAAGCACUCUUUAUUUUUCAACUUAUGUCAGCUUGGGAAGUCAGUGAAUAAAGACGGUCUAGUACAGGUUUGCUUUGAUACUACUAGGUUUUCUGUUGGCGAUUCAUCUUCCAUUGAGACAUUUUUACCACAAAAAGCAUUUUACAGUGACGAGAAGCUAUUUAAACUUUAUUGCUUCGCUUUGGAAGAUAGGUAUACAGAUGUCACCCUAAAAGUCGGUGAUGAAGAGAUUAGAGCGCAUAGAAACAUAUUAGCUGCUCAUAGUUCAGUUUUUGAUGCUAUGUUCAACAGCAAAAUGAUCGAGGAGCAAACUGGUGUGAUACCUGUGGAGCAAUUCACGCCCCAUGUAAUAAAAGAGUUGCUCUAUUACAUGUACACAAAUAAUGUACAAGAUUUAUCAACAAUGUUUAAUCAUUUGUACGAAGCUGCUCAUUUUUAUAAUUUAAUAGAUCUUGAGAAUCUGUGCAAAAAUUAUAUGUAUGAAAAUAUCACAGUGAACAAUGCAACUUUGAUACUACAGAUUGCUGAGAAAUAUGACGUGAAAAGUUUGUUGCGCAAAGUAAAAAAGUUUAUUUCUGAAAAUGAAUCUCAGCUGAUCAAUAAUUCGGAGUACCUCAGUUAUUUAAUGUCUGGUUUAAAUGUUACUAAUGUUGCCAAAUGUCUCACCAUAGCUGAUAAGUAUAAGUUGAAGGAUGUAAAAAACCAACUGAAAGAAUACAUCAGGGACAAUAUCAAAGAAGUAAUUAAAGACUCUAGUUAUAGAUAUUUAUACAACACACACAUGAAUUUAAUUUUAGAAAUCGACGAGUUUAUGGCAAACCAUUAUGACAAUGAACAAUAAUAAGUAUUAUGAGACAAAUGUACGAAAUAAUUUUAAAUAAAUUUUUAUUUUUUUUCAA